GGUUUCGUGGCUGUGAGGAGCCCCACAAGCUGGGAGAAGAAGGAAGACAACACCUUCGUCUUCAAGAUGUCCCAGCCAAUCCCCUCCUACCUGAUCGCUCUGGCCGUCGGGGACAUCGUGUCUGCUGACGUCGGCCCAAGGAGCCGCGUCUGGGCCGAGCCCUGCCUGAUUGAGGCUGCCAAGAAGGAGUACGAUGGGGUGAUCGAGGAGUUCCUGGUGGUUGGAGAGAAGCUCUUUGGACCUUAUGUUUGGGGCAGGUAUGACAUCCUGUUCAUGCCGCCCUCCUUCCCCUUCGGCGGGAUGGAGAACCCCUGCCUCACCUUCGUGACGCCGUGCCUGCUGGCCGGGGACCGCUCCUUGGCCGAUGUCAUCAUCCACGAGAUCUCCCACAGCUGGUUUGGCAACCUGGUCACCAACGCCUCCUGGGGCGAGUUCUGGCUCAACGAGGGCUUCACAAUGUACGCCCAGAGGCGCAUUUCCACCGAGGUCUAUGGUUUGGCGUACACGUGCCUGGAGGCUGCGACGGGAAGGGCCCUCCUGCGCCAGCACAUGGACAACACUGGGGAGGACCAUCCCCUCAACAAGCUGCGGGUGGUGAUUGAGCCAGGGAUCAAUCCCGAGGACACAUACAACGAAACGCCCUACGAGAAGGGCUUCUGCUUCGUGAGCUACCUGGCACAUCUUGUGGGGGACCAGAGCAAGUUUGAUGCCUUCCUCCAGGCCUACGUGAACCGGUUCAAGUUCCAGAGCAUCACAGCAGACGAUGCCCUCGGUUUCUUCCUUGAGUACUUCCCGGAGCUGAAGGAGAAAGGCGUGGACUCCAUCCCAGGCUUCGAGUUCAGCCGCUGGCUGGAUACGCCGGGCUGGCCACCCUUCCUGCCCGACCUCUCGCCGGGGGAUGCGCUGAUGAAGCCAGCGGAGGAGCUGGCAGAGCUCUGGGCAGCCGAUGGCUUGAACAUGGAGGGGAUUGAAGCCGUGGACAUCACGGCCUGGAGGACGUACCAGCUGGUCCACUUCCUGGACCAGGUCCUGCAGAAAUCCCCCCUGCCACAAGGCAAUGUGGAAAAGCUGAGCAAGAUGUACCCAAAGAUCUCCAGGUCCCAGAACGCUGAGCUGCGACUCCGCUGGUGCCAGAUAAUCCUCAAGAACAACCUUGAGGCCGAGUACAGCAAGGUCAAGGACUUUCUCCACAGCCAGGGGAAGCAGAAGUACACCCUGCCCCUCUACCGCGCCAUGUGGGCCGGGUCGGAGCCAGCCCGGGCCCUGGCCAUGGAGACCUUCUCUGCUACCGCUCCCCAGCUCCAUGUCAACGUCCAGAACUACGUCAAGAAGAUCCUGGGCAUGGAGGUGGCUGAGACCUAG